UUGGUCAACAGCGGGCUGGCAGUGAACUCCUUAGGUGCCCUUUCUCUUGGGCCUUCAGUGGGUUUAACCCUGACUUGCAGGCUUUACUCGGCUGAGCUGACCGGAGCCCACUGGCCAUGGAGCAGGAGCUGGAGGAGGGACUGGAGCGCUUGGAGAAAGACGAUGGAGACGGCGUCUUCCAGAGCGGGGUCGUCUCCCAAAAUUCCUUACGGACCCGGCGCGGCUCCGUCGUCAGCUUCCACAACAUCCACUACUCCGUGCAGCUGGUGUCCGGCCUCCCUUGCCGGAGAGUCACGGAGGAGAGGAAAAUCCUGCACAAUGUGGAGGGCAUCAUGAAGCCCGGGCUGAAUGCCAUCCUGGGACCCACCGGCUGCGGGAAGUCUUCGCUCCUGGACGUGCUGGCCGCUCGGAAGGACCCCCGGGGUCUGUCGGGGGAGGUGCUGAUCGACGGCUCUCCUCGGCCGCCCAACUUCAAGUGCAUCUCGGGCUACGUGGUGCAGGACGACGUGGUCAUGGGGACGCUGACGGUUCGGGAGAACCUGCUGUUCUCGGCUGCGCUGAGGCUGCCCCGCUCCAUCAGCUUCUGGGAGAAGAAGGAGCGGGUGACCCAGAUCCUCAGCGAGCUCGGCCUCACCAGGGUGGCUGACUGCAAGGUGGGCACGGAGCUGAUCCGGGGGGUGUCGGGGGGCGAGCGGAAGAGGACCAAUAUCGGGAUGGAGCUGAUCACGGAGCCCCCCGUCCUCUUCCUGGAUGAGCCGACCACUGGCCUGGACUCCAGCACGGCCCACGCCGUCCUCCUGCUGCUCAAGAGGCUCUCCCAGAAAGGCCGUACCAUCAUCCUCGCCAUCCACCAGCCCCGCUACUCCAUCUUCAAGCUGUUCGACAGCCUCACCCUGCUGGCGCUGGGCCGGGUGGUCUACCACGGGCGAGCCCAGGAGGCCCUCGACUACUUCCGCACUAUCGGAUACGAGUGCGAACCCUUCAACAACCCAGCGGAUUUCUUCCUGGACGUCAUCAACGGAGACUCUACCGCCGUGGCGGCCCGUCAGGCCGAGGGUGACCCCCCGGAGAAGGGAGCUGGUGGCCCCAGCGUGGGGGAGACGCUGUGUAAGCUGUACCUGGCGUCGCCUCAAGCCCAGAGCUUGCAGCUGGCCCUGUCCGCGGCCAAGACCGUCCAAAAAGGAGCCCAGCGGGCGCAGGAGGGCUGGCAAGCACCCUCGCGGGCCGUCACCUACGCCAACGGCUCCGGCACCCAGCUCUACUGGCUGGCCCAGCGCUCCUUCAAGAACCUCGUCCGCAACCCUCAGGCCUCCAUCGCUCAGGUGGCCGUGACCACCGUGUUGGCCCUGGUGCUGGGAGCCAUCUUCUUCCGUGUCAAGCUGGACCAGAGCGGCAUCCAGAACCGAGUGGGGGCUAUGUUCUUCGUGACGACUAACCAGUGCUUCUCCAGCGUGUCCGCCAUCGAGCUGUUCAUCAAGGACAAGAAGUUGUUUGUCCACCAGUACACCAGUGGCUACUACAGAGUCUCCGCCUACUUCUUCGCCCUGCUCUUUGCGGACCUGCUGCCCAUGAGGACUGUGCCUGCCGUCGUCUUCUCCUGCAUCAGCUACUGGAUGAUCGGCUUCCAGGCUUCCGCUGGCAAUUUCUUCUUCUUCAUGCUGACCCUAAUGCUCGUCUCUUACACGGCCACGGCCAUGUCUCUGGCCAUCAGUGCUGGCAUGGAGGUGGUGGGCGUCGCCAACCUGUUCAUCACCAUCUGCUUCGUCUUCAUGAUUAUGCUACGGCGAGAGGUACCUCUGCAGUCAGGGGGUGGGGGUCUCCAACUGGGCCAUGUGGGAGAACAUCCUGGCCCUCGUCUGCAUGACCCUCAUUUUCCUCAGCAUCACCUACGUCAAGCUGCGCUUCAUGAAGAAGUUCACUUAGCCCCCCCUUCUUCUCUCUCUCUCUUCCUCCCACAGCCCUGCUCCUCGGGCGGCCUGAGUGAGGGCCGCCUCUCCCCUCCUGGAGCAGGGCUCCCCUUAUUUAUGAGAGAGGGAGGGCGGGGGGCUCCCCUGUUUUUUCCCGGCGUUGUAGCUGGAAUAAUCGUGUCGGAACCGUUCCGGACCACGGCGUGGUUCAUUCGGUAACGAGGGCCGGUCCCCUCUUCGGUGUGAGGUCUGCCGCGGGGGUUCAUUAAGGGGUGGUCUCUCUCUCGGUCCUCGCACCCAAGAGAUGAGGCCGUUUUCUCCAGAGGCCAUUCAACUCCUAGCUCUCUUCCAGAGGCCGUACCUCUGGCUUCCCCUCAUCCUGCUCCCUGGUGACAUUUCCACUUCCCAGAACCUCUGCAAUCUCUGCCCAAUCAAUCAAUCGUAUUUAUUGAGCGCUUACUGUUUGCAGAGCA